GGCACACCGUGCGCUGUGCUCCACUCCACCAUCGCUCGCGACCCGCGCCCACGCCCGCGCACCACCACACCACACCAUACCACACCACGGCCAUCUCGUCAGUCAGUGUGACCCAUCCGGCCAUCCCACCGCGCCCUCCCCCUCCCAUCGCUGUCGUCCACGGCACCGCGUCGCGUUUGGGGUCUCCCACCGUUCUCUCCCGCACGCGCGCGGUCCCGCCUCCCGCCUAUCUCUAUCCGCAGAUCCACAACCAUCCAUCUCCAUUCGCCAUUUCCGCCCACUGCCACGCCAACGCCACUGCUGCUAAGCUCCGCCUCGUCUUCCGCCCACGCUGCUCUGCUCGUCGUCGCUCUCGCUCGCAGUGCCCCGCGCGCGCGAACGAGGCGUGGUGGGGGGGUAAUGGCGCCUCCUCCGUACGCAGCCGCGGUGGUGGUGGCGACCGUCGCCGUGCUGGUGCUGGUGUCGCAGGUCUCAGUGGCCGCCGGCGCGGACUGCCGCUUCCCGGCCGUGUUCAACUUCGGCGACUCCAACUCCGACACGGGCGGGCUGUCGGCCACCUUCGGCGCCGCGCCGCCGCCCAACGGCAGGACCUUCUUCGGCAUGCCCGUCGGCCGCUACUGCGACGGCCGCCUCGUCAUCGACUUCAUCGCUGAAAGCCUGGGACUGCCUUACCUCAGUGCGUACCUCAACUCGAUAGGAAGUAACUUCACACAAGGUGCUAACUUUGCAACGGCCGGGUCGUCAAUCAGAAGGCAGAACACAUCUUUGUUCCUCUCUGGUUUCAGCCCCAUUUCCUUGGACGUGCAGUCCUGGGAGUUUGAACAGUUCAUCAACAGAAGCCAGUUCGUCUAUAACAACAAAGGUGGAAUCUACAGGGAGCUCCUACCCAAGGCUGAAUACUUCUCUCAGGCGCUCUACACAUUCGAUAUCGGCCAGAAUGACAUUACCACAGGCUUCUUCAUAAACAUGACCUCUGAACAAGUCAUAGCUUACAUCCCUGAUCUAAUGGAAAGGCUCACGAACAUAAUCCAGAAUGUGUACGGUCUCGGAGGAAGGUACUUCUGGAUUCACAACACGGGGCCGAUCGGCUGCCUGCCUUACGCCAUGGUGCACCGCCCCGACCUCGCCGUCGUCAAGGACGGGUCCGGCUGCUCCGUCGCCUACAACGAGGUCGCCCAGCUCUUCAACCAGAGGCUGAAGGAAACCGUGGGCCACCUCCGGAAGACCCACGCCGACGCCGCGUUCACCUACGUCGACGUCUACUCCGCCAAGUACAAGCUGAUCAGCGACGCCAAGAAGCUCGGGAUGGAUGACCCGAUGCUGACGUGCUGCGGCUACGGCGGCGGGAGGUACAACUUCGACGACAGGGUCGGGUGCGGCGGGAAGGUGAAGGUGAACGGGACGUGGGUGGUGGCGGGGAAGUCGUGCGACGACCCGCUGAAGCGGGUGAGCUGGGACGGCGUGCACUUCACCGAGGCGGCGAACAAGUUCGUGUUCGACCAGAUCGCCGGCGGCAAGCUCUCCGACCCGCCGGUGCCUCUCAGGCAGGCCUGCCAGAUCAGCAGAGGGCAGUGAAUCGUCGCCGCCGGUGCGGGUGCAUCGAGCCGUCGUCAGGUUGGCUGUGCCGUACUGCCAUUUCUGCUGCUGCUGCUGCCUCUGGCUUUGUAAGUGUGCAAUAUUGCAGAGGCAUAUGGUUGAUAUAAAGUACAUAUACUGCUUCCUUUGUGCAAUAAAGGGAGAAUGAGAUUCAUAACGAGUAGCGAUGAAAUGCUUCUAGACAAUCUGGAAGAUGACAAUACGAUUCUGAAUCAUCUUAAGUUUUGUUUAGACGCCGUUGCGCCGUAAUGGCACGA